CCCGCAGACAUGUCAUCAAACAGAAUCCGGCCGGAGUUGGUGCUCCUGCAGCUGCUGCUGCUGCUGGCGGCCACACUAAUCCCUUUGCUGCAGGCCGGCAUAGUUACAGCUCCGCACUUCGAUUCGGAUUCGGAUUCGGAUGAGGUUUCGGAUUUGGAUUCGCUUUCGGAUUCGGAUUCGGAUCCGGACACCACCACCAUUGCCACCACCAACGACUAUGACCCGCAUGCGGAGAUGCAGCAGCAGCAGCAGGAGCAGCAGGAGCAGCAGGAGCAGCAGGAGCAGCAUCUGGAAUCGGAGACGGAGGCCAUUGCUGCUCAAGUGGAUGGCCAACGCAUCGACUGCAAAUUGACUUUCGAUGCGGCGACAAUGGACUCGUUAGGCUGCCACAAUGAGGGGGCGUGGUUGCCCACCGACAGUGGUAAUAAGCCGAUGGAGGAGUUGCCUGAAGCAAAUCCGGACGCCUGGCGGCCACGCCACUUGAAGUCCCCGGACAGCCAGCCCAUCUAUGAAUUACAAUUGGUUGUUUGGCCCAGUGACAUCGAGGAUGGUGAUGACUUCAGUCCGCCGCUGGCCACCACCACCACCACCACCAGCACCAGCGCCACCACAACAACAACAACAGCAAGGACCACCAGAGGCACCAGUACGAGUAGCAUGACUAGCACCACAACCACCAAGCCCAACCAAAUUGGGACACCUAUUGAGCAAAUGUGGCCAUUGUACGAGGAUCAAUUGGUUGUAUUUCCGCAAAUGGACUUUGAAGAGGAGAAUCUUGAUUAUUUCUUCGACGAAGUGCCACCAACACCAACACCAACACCAACAACCACAACGACGACGACGACGACCCUUCGACCAACAAGCAGCAGUCAUCCCACGGGCACGCCCACUCCCACGCCCAUCUAUGUUGUGCAAAACUAUCACGUUAUACACCCCAACGGCACCGAGGAGUACAAAUUGGUGAUGAGCAACGGCCUGGUGAACUACAAGAAGCUGUACACCAAGCGAGUGGCCGACCGGCUGAUCAACGUGCAGGAGGGCUUCAAUUCGGUGCCCAUUCCGGGACCCAGGAAUCAAAUCCAGACGCAGUACUACAUUGCCGACGAGCGGGGCUACAAUGUGUAUAGAAUCGAGCUGCACUAUCAGCAGCCAGGGUUGCCCAAUCAUUUGCAUUACAAAGCCACAAAAGCGACCAAUAUGUGA